ACAUGAUAUUUCAACCCCAUCAAGAAAGACUCACGUUGCCACCGGCUAUUUGUCUGUUUACUCUUUGUUUCAACUAUUCCUCUGAGAGAAAAAAUGUUGGGUAACUGUGAGAAGAUGCUUGUCAUCUCUUCAACUACUAACGAAUGGCCACGGAAUCAGAUAGAUGAGAAAAACUUGAUGGCUUCCACAAGUAGGCUUAUGGAGAAACCAGGCCAAGAUCAACCUCCACAACAACCUCUUAAGUGUCCUCGCUGUGAUUCCUCAAACACCAAAUUCUGUUACUACAACAACUACAGUCUUUCACAGCCGAGACACUUUUGCAAGGCCUGCAAACGUUACUGGACAAGAGGUGGAACUCUGAGAAAUGUUCCUGUUGGUGGUGGUUGCAGGAAAAACAAGCGUGUGAAGAGGCCUUCCUCUUCCAUUGAUGGAGCAUCUUCAACUCCUAGUGCAAGCCCUAAUCCUUCUAAUCAAAACCAGCUUGAUAUUUCUUCAACCUCAAAUCAUAUCAAUUCUUUGUUUUAUGGUUUACCCACAAACCCAUCUGAAAUGAACCUUCCAUUUUCUAGGUUUAAUUCAAGGGUUUCAUGCGUAGACACUGUUUCUGGCUAUGACCUAGAGCCUCAGUUGAAUGCUCUUGGAUUAGGGUUUUCCUCUGGGUUCAUUUCUAGUGAUGCUUCUGAUAGUACUACUAGUUAUCGAAAUGGCUUUGACCCACUUAAGCAAAUCCAUGAUGUAGUUACUUCAACUUCUCUUCUUUCGAGUACCUACUCCACUUUCGGUUCUUCACCUUCUGUCACCGCUGCUUCUCCAACUAUGGCUCCUUUGCUUGCUUCUACUGUUCACUACCAAAAGUAUAUCAACAAUGGCGUAAAAAGCGCUGAAGUACCCAACCAUUUCAACUCCAUAACAUCCUUAGAAGAUCUGCAAAUGACGGUCAAUGGUGGAGCCAGGAUAUCAAUGAAAGAAGUGAAAGUGGAAGAGGGCCAAAACAGGAUGGAUUGGAAUGUAGCAUGCCAGAAUCAGAUGGAGCCAAUCGGGUUAUCAGAUCCAUCUCUAUACUGGAAUACAACUUCUGUCGGCGCUUGGCAUGAUCCAUCUAAUAAUAUUGGGUCCUCAGUCAGUUCUCUGAUCUAGCAAAUCCAAACAUCGUUUCCUUUCAAUUUGUCUCCCUCUUUUACCUAGUCAUAUCUGGCAUUUUUAGUAGCUCAGGUUUAGCUCAUUACUUCUGAUUUCCAAAAGAUUUAAAAAAAAAAGAAAGAAAACGAGAGUAGAACAUGUUAUUACUGAAGCAUAUUAUAGAUGGAAGGAGCUUGGAUCGGAGUGUUCAUGUCAGCAGCAACAAUUCAGCCUAUUAGUUUUAUCAUCAAGGUUGACAUCGGUGAUUGCGCUGAGAGGAACCUCGGAUCCUCUUCUUCAUCUCCACUAUCUACCUACAGUGUUGAAGAGAUAAAGGGCUUGCUCCUUGGUGCAACUUUUUAGUUAAGUAAGUCGAUCGGUCUUAUUACUUUGUAUGUGCAUAAGUAUGACAUGGGUUUUCCUUUGUAAUGUAUUUGUUAUAAGGUUGGGAUUGGAGGUUUACUGGAGGGGUAUAUGUUGCAGUCCUCAGUGAGGAUCACAUUCGAAACUAAUUAAUUUUAUACUCUACUCUUUUUGUUUUUUGGGUUUAGGGGAAAGGGGUUGGGUAUAAUGGUAUAGAAGAGGGGGGGAUCAAUUAAUUUGUUGUAACAAUUUGGGUGUUCAAUUUUAGUGGUUUAUUUUGUUGA